AUGACUCGAGGAGGGUGGCGGAGGACUAGGCGGCGGGGAGGGGAGAGCAGGUGCUGGUUUGGUCAACCUGGAGGACGGGGCGGUUAUCUCGAAAAGAACCUCGAGAUAGGACACAUCAGACCAUCGACAUCUCCAGCAGGCUACCCAGUCCUCUUCGUUCCAAAAAAGGAUGGGAAGCUCAGGAUGUGUGUGGACUAUCGACAGUUGAACAACGAGACGGUGAAGAACCGCUACCCGUUGCCACUGAUUUCAAGGCUUCGAGACCAGCUGUCAGGGGCACAACACUUCACACGACUCGAUCUUCCAACUGCCUACGCCCACAUUCGCAUCAAGGAGGGAGACGAAUGGAAGACGGCUUUCCGAACACCAAACGGGCACUACGAGUACCUUGUCAUGCCAUUCGGAUUGACCAACGCACCGGCGACAUUUCAAGCCGCUAUCGACCAGGCAAUUCGACAUUGCCUCGAUAAAUUCGCAGUCUGUUAUUUGGAUGACAUUCUCAUCUACUCCAAGACACUCGAAGAACACAAAGAACACGUGCGGCAGGUGCUGGAUGCACUGCACGAGCACAAGUUGUCAGUCAACAAGGACAAGAGCGAGUUUCAUGUCAAAAAGACAGUGUUUCUGGGUUACGAGAUCUCCCCAGGAUGGGUCAAGAUCGAACCCGAGAAACUGGAAGCUGGCAGGACGUGGCCAACACCAACAAACGCCACCGAGGUCAGAGGAUUCAUCGGAUUCGCCAAUUUUGUCAGGAUUUUCAUCAAGAACUUUGGUGAAAUCGCGAGGCCGCUACACGAGCUCACGAAGAAAGACACCACAUUCCAAUGGAAGCAGGAGCACGAGCAGGCUUUCCAACGGAUCCGCGACGCAAUUACCGCCGAUCCAGUACUCAUGCUGUCUGAUCCAAGCAAACCUUUCGAAGUCGAAGCUGACGCUUCGGACUUCGCGAUCGGAGGACAACUCGGCCAGAGGGACAAGGACGGCAAGCUACACCCAGUUGCGUUCUUCUCCAAGAAACUCGAAGGACCAAGACUCAACUAUCCGAUCCACGACAAGGAGCUUCUCGCAAUCAUCGAAGCAUUUCAGGAAUGGAGACCAUACCUCAGCGGCACGACACACGAAGUCCAGGUGUACACGGACCACAAGAACCUACGAUACUUCACCACCACGAAGGUGUUGAACGGACGACAAACUCGAUGGGCAGAAUUCCUGUCCGAAUUCAACUUCACGAUCCACUACAAGAAAGGCUCGGAGAACGCACGAAAUGCUGUGCGGUCUUCAGGGAACAACGAUUGGAACGAGACUUCCAAGGAAUCAUCGCGGACGACAAGCGCGAUGCAUGGCAAGAAGAGCCAGAAUCCAAGAUCGCAGGAUUGCGACUUGAAGGAACGAGACUCUGGUACCACGACAAGGCCUACGUUAGGCCCAGCGACCAAAAAGGAGCUCAUUCGAAAGAUCCACGAGUCGAGACUCGGAGGACACAUGGGAAUCAGCAAAACAGUUGCAAAAAUCAAACAGAACUACGACUUCCCAGGAAUCAAGCAAACGACGGUAGAAGUCCUAGCAGAAUGUGACCUCUGCGGACGAAGCAAACCGGGACGACACAAGCCAUAUGGGCUGUUGCAACCACUACCAGUUGCGGAACGACCAUGGAGCUCGGUAACGAUGGAUUUCAUCACCAAACUUCCGACAUCGAAGGACUCAGCGACGGGAACGAAGUACGACAGCAUCCUCACAGUGGUGGACAGACUCACCAAGUGGAGCUACUUCCUCCCCUACAAGGAGUCGUGGUCAGCAGAACAACUCGCAGACGUGAUCUAUCGCAACGUCACCGCGGUCCAUGGAUGGCCGGAGGAAUGGAUCACGGACAGAGACACAAAGUUCGCAUCAAAGUUUUGGCAAGCUCUGAUGACGAAGCUGGGUACGAGGAGUAAGCUUUCGACAGCUUACCACCCGCAGACGGACGGACAGACGGAGCGACUCAACCAGAUCGUUGAACAAUACCUACGGUUGUAUGUCAACUUCCAACAGGAUGAUUGGGUCGAGCUGUUGCCAACAGCGCAACUCGCCUACAAUACCACCGUCACGGAGACCACGAAGGUCACGCCAUUCUUCGCGAAUUACGGCUACGAAGCAGAUUUGCGACAAGGGCCCGACGUUUCGGUGCCCAGAGCGGCAGUCAAAGCCGACAGAAUGAGCUCGCUGCAUGCGAUGCUCAAGGAAGAACUCGAGUUCGUAAGAACACGGAUGAAGAAGUUCUACGACAGAAACAGGCUCGAGGGACCUCGCCCAGAAGAGGGGGGCAAAGUUUACCUCAUUUCUCGAAAUCUUCGCACAAAGCGACCAAGCAGGAAGCUCGAUUUUCGCAAAAUCGGACCGUUCAAGAUCGACAAAAAGAUUUCGGAGAACAAUUACGCCCUCGCGUUACCCUCAGCGAAGGAACUACGGGACACUGUUUUCCACCUUUCACUUCCCGAGCCAGCUCACAAGAAUGCGCGGCUUGACAAGGGCGUCGAGGCAGAAGACGAGGAAGAACUCUGGGACGUCGAAGAAAUCUUGGAUUCACGCAUCACGAACGGACAAGUCGAGUGCUCGGUCAAAUGGCUGGGAUUCGGCCCCGAAGGCAAUUCAUGGCAACCCGCUACAAACUUCAACUGCCCCCGAGGAGUUGGAGGGUUUCCACCGGAGGAACCCGGAUCGACCCAAAAGGGGACCCCACGGACGGACCGACCCCGAGGAAAGGGUCGCUCGAGGAAAACUAGGACAAACAGCACAAGAACUGAGGGAGGUACGUAG